AUGAACAAUACAAAGGCUGAUAAAUAUGAAAAUCGAAGAGAUAAAAAUAAUUUAUACCCAAUUGCAUUAUCUUGUAUCACAGGUCUUGUUCAUGCUUAUUCUCUACAGACCAAUGAGAAAUUUCAGCUGGAAGAUUUCACAGUAAUCUUGUUAGGAGGUUUUGGACUUUCUUCACCUAACGAACAUCAACUGCCAACAAUCCCUUCUCAUAUUAUUGCUGAUUACAUGAUUGAAAGUUUUAAAACAGCUCAAACUAAUGCCUUAUUAUCGUCUAUUUUAUUCAACUAUGCAAUUCCACGUUUAUGUGUUCCACUUUUGUUAAAUUCUUGUACAAAUUCUAAUGAUCACUCAGACAAUAGUACAAAGGAAACAAAACUUAACAUUGAUGAAUUAGUUAAUUGGCAAUCGUAUAUUUGUUUGUUGGAUAAAAUUUUCCAAACUAUUACUGAAGAAAAUUUAAUUAAUGCUUUGUAUUAUGACAAACAAACAGUUAAAACAUUGAACACUUUAAAAUUGAACACGUAUUCAAUGAUCAAUAAGUUACAAGAAUGUUUAUCUAAUUCAAUGAAUUUAUUGACACAUUCUUCGACGUCAAUAUUAUCCGAUGAGAAAUACAUAUACUUUACAAUAUGCCUUUGUCGUUUAUUUUAUUCAUUAAUAAAAUUUACAAAUGCUAAAGAUCUAUCUUUAUCUAUGCAUGAAAAUUCAAUCAUUUCAUCCGAUAACACUUUAUCAUUGUAUACAAGUUCUGUAGAUUCAAUUUUCAAUAUAAUCUGUGCAAUAAUUCAAUGGUUGGAUAAAAUUUCCUUAAUAAAUAAUAAUGAAUUGUUAAAUUAUGAAGUUUCAAAAUCGGUAAGUUUUACAUACUUGUCAAAAUUUAUCAAUGCAUUCAGUCUAGCUACUGAGCUUGCUAUUCCAUCAUUGUACUUAACUGUUUUACUGUGGUUAACGGUCAAUCAUUCUGACAUUGAUUCACCUUUAUUUUAUUGUGCCUUUAUUUCUACUCCUAUCUGUAGAGAUGAACUACUUUCAUUCAUUCCGAUUAUUUAUGAAUCAUGCGAUUUAUUUAUUGGCAAGUUGGAUCAAUUUCUUUUCGACUAUCUCAAAAAUUGUCAAAUGAAUCAAAUUACAUUGUAUGCAUCAAACAGUUUUACAAUGGAUAUUCUGAAAUAUUGUUCAUGUAAAAAUUUAAGCUUAUUGCAGAAAACCAUUGAUUUCAUUCUUGAAAAGUGUAAUAAUAAUCAUGAUAACAACAAUAAUGUUGUUAUACCAUUGGAUUCUGAAGAUGUUCACCAUGUCAAUUUUCAAUAUUGGGCUGAGAACUUCACUUCAUUAUUGUAUUUUGUCUGUGAAUCUUUGAUUAAAAAUUCUAUCAGUAAUAAUAAUAAUAAUAAUAAUAAAAUCAUCAAUUCAUCUUCCAUUCAUUCAUAUUUAUUUGAAUUAUGUCAAAAUGUAAAAUAUUUCAUCAGUAUUAUCAAUUGUUACACUACUAUCAAUUCCAUCAACAUUAAUCAUCGUCAAGUUGAAUUUAUAUCGAAUGAAAUCAAUAAAUUGAAUUUUAUCUUUCGAAUUAUCACAAGUCAAUGCAAUUCUUUUGAACAAACAAAACUUUUUCAUAUUUAUAAACAUUAUUUUGAUGAAGCGGAUCAUGAUUAUUUCAAGAAAUAUCCUCUAAGUUUGGGAUUGUUUACAAUUCUAUGUGGGAUUAUUGGUGGACUAAGACCUGAGUGUGUAAAUUCUGAAAAUCCAAUUCAGCUGUUAGUUUUCAUGAUGAACAAUAUUAAAAAGAUUCUUUGUGCAUCAUCUUCUGCUGUCAUCACAACCACCAACACCACUAACACUAAUACUAAUUCUCUAUCUGUUGUAUCUUAUUGUUCAACAACUGUCUUAUCAUCAAUCGUUCAAACCUAUGCUUCCGUACUGAAUAAAUCAAAUGAUACUUUUGCAUCAGACAUAACUGAACAUUUAUCUACAAGUUUAAACUAUUUCUGGUCAAUCAUAGAACAGAAUCAUUCGAUCGAUUGGCAUAAAUUGAUUUGUUUAUGGAUUAUAUGGUCAAUGCGUGGUCUAUUGUCUGCAUUCCAUAUUCAUACUCCUGCAAUGGCUAACAGUGACAGUCAUAAUGAUUAUUCUCAUCAUAAACAGUGGUGUGAUUAUCUUUUGCAAUCAAUUCUUCUUAAAUUCGACACAACUCAUACAGAUGCUAUUGACAAUGAUGAUGAUUGGAUUUGUACUUUUCAAAAAACAUUCCUAUCAUCAUCAUCAUCAUCACAUGAACGAAUUCUAUGUUCAAUCAAUUGUUUUAAACAAGCUGAUCAAAUACUUUUAGAUUCAAUGCUAAAUUCCAUUCAUUGUUGUUUACAUAGUUUUAAUCAUUGUCGUCUAACAGAUUCAUAUAUUCAAAAUGUGUUACAAUGUAUUUAUGAACCUAUUUAUAAUCAAAUUGAUUUUUUGAUCAAUAGAACUAAAUCUUUUAACUUAAUAGAUUUUGAAAAAAAUAUCUUAUUCAAAUGUUUUCGAAACUCAAUCAUUAGGCUUUAUCUGAAUAUGACUGUUCGAUUGCCGAACGAAUAUCUCACUGAUCAGUUAGUAAAUAAAAUUAUACCACUUGCUUUGUUUGCUAUCACCUCAUGUUCAGAUAUUCAUUGUCAAUUAGCUGGUUUAAAAUUGAUAUCAAUAAUUCUCAAUGAGAAUUUUAUAAAAAACUCUAAAUUAUACAAUAUUAUGUCAGAAAAUCAAAUUAGUGAUCUAUUGGAAAAAUUGCCAAAACUAAUUGAUUUUGUCAUUAAUGAUGAUGAGAUCAACACUAAUCUGUUAUUAAUUGAUCAAGAAAAUGAACAACAUUGGAUGAAAAUGUCAACAUAUCUCCGUUUGUUUAUUGCUCGUUGUUUAUGCCGAAUUGUAAAAUUAUUCCCGGAACCAUUGAUUAAUCGUUAUCGUGAUGUAACAAUUCUACCAUUGUUAGAUCAAUUAGUUGAUGAUCCCAAUCGAUAUGUACGCAUGGAAGCUGUACAAGCAAGAAAUUUAUGGUUGAUUUAAUUGGGAUUCAUUCAUCAUUGUAUAUAAAAAAAUCAUGAAUAUUCUUGGGAUAGCCAAUCGAGAAGCCACCCACACACACACACAUUGUGGAUUGAUGAACUUAUCGAUUAAAUGCUUAAAUAUUUCAAGGGCAGUCGAUUGAUGAACUAUUUGAUUAAUGUCCAAAAUAUUUUAAACGACAAUAUCGAUUAUAUAUAUGUAUAAUUGUAUAAAUACGCAUGUUUGAUUGUAUAAAUUUUUUGAUUCUGUUAAUAAGUGUUCUCCGACGUCUUCCGUCUUCUCUUAUUUUUUGAACGGUGGGAGUCUAACGUUCGUUGUUGUCAUUUGUACAGUGGUUUGGCGUUACUCAAGUUAGAGAACAUAAAAAAUAUGAAGUUGUAUGAUUAAUUGACCAUUUGGUAGUGACGUCAAUAAUGUAUAUAUAGAAAAGAAAUAUAUUUAUUCUUUUUCUCAUAUGUAUUUAAUUUUCUUCGUAUAUAAUAAAUAGUUUCAAAUGUUUGGCCUACAUUGUC